AUGCCCCGAGCACACUGGUUUGACGAUUUUUCUCUAUCCUCACAAGUCAUUGUCGCUGAGCCAUCCGAGGAGACUUGGCUGCGUGUGGAAAACGCCGCCGACAACCACGAAGGCAACGAUUACGACAUGGACAUUCUGAACAAAUUAUUCAUAAAUUCCAGCAUGGUCAUCCCACAUCGCAAGUACAAUUUUCUAUCAGGCGAAUUUCGCAAAUCACCACACGGUCAUGAAGCAUACCUUGGUUCGCGGACGGAAAAGUGGGAUCCUAGAAAGGCAUUGGCAGAAGCCAAGUACGUGCACUUUUCCGACUGGCCGAUGCCGAAACCAUGGAUAGCUCCGACAAGUAAGCAGCUAGAGGAAACUUUGCCAAGAUGUUGGGACCUGGAGGGCGUGGGGGAAGACUGCACUGAUCGCUUCCUCUGGUUGGAGCUCAGGGAUGACUUUUCCAAGCGCAGAAAGUCGGCCCUCACUUCGUACGAACAAAUCACGAUGCCAAAGUUCUUCUGCGACUACUGCGAUGUCUACCUUACGCACGACAGUAUGAGCGUGCGUAAGGCGCACAACAACGGUCGCAACCACCUGCGCAACGUCCAGGCUUAUUACGAGCAGAUAUCCAGUGACCAGACACAGCAAGUCAUCAACAGUAUUACCGACGCAUACAACACAGAAGGACAGGCGAAUCCGUUGUUCCAACAGAAUCUGAACGGAGGCUUCCCUGGAGGACCGAUGGGAGGGAUGCCGGGUAUGAUGCCGCCAAUGGGUAUGCCGCAUGGCUUCCCGCCGCCAGUAGGUAUGCCGCCAAUGGGUGGAAUCCCACCGCCGUUCAUGGGCCGAGGAGGUCCUCCGAUGCCACCCAACGGAAUGCCUUUCCCCCCGCCGAACGGUAUGCCCCCGGGUCCUGGUGGAAUGCCUCCGAAUAUGCCGUUCCCUCCACACAUGGGCGGCGGCCCUCCUCAGGGAAUGCCACCACCAUUCCCCUUCCCGCCACCAGGGAAUGCAGGCUCACCACCCGGAGGUAUGCCAUUCCCGCCACCGGGAGGCAUGAGCAUGCCACCUGGAGGACCACCUGCUUUGGUCACGAAAAUUAUGGACUUGCGACGGGCGAUACGGGCGUGA